AUGUCAGCUGAAAGUUCCUUGGUGAAGGCUAUCUAUUCCUUUAAAGGAAAAAACAAUGAUGAACUAUGUUUCAAGAAAGGAGAUAUUAUAACAGUUACACAAAGAGAAGAAGGGGGUUGGUGGGAGGGGACUUUAGGUGAAACAACAGGCUGGUUUCCUAGCAAUUAUGUGACAGAACAUAAAGAUCCCUCUGGUUCUUUAACAACAUCCCCUAUAAGAGCAGCAUCAGAAAUUCAAGCAUUUAGAAAUGUUGUAUUAAAGGAUAUUAUAGAUUCCGAGAAAGCCCAUGUUGCAGAAAUGCAAGGUCUUGUUAGUAACUUUCUACAGCCCUUAGAAAAGAGUGAAAUGCUCACAAAAGAUGAGUUUAAACAGUUGACUGGUAACAUUAAUGAAGUUUUACAAACACAUGAACAGUUUCUUGUUUUACUUGAAGAAUGUGCUACAAAAACAGGACCAGAUCAAAGAGUUGGUGGACUUUUUUUGCAGUGGGCACCUAAGAUUAAAUCAGUUCAUCAAACUUACUGUGCUGGUCAUCCUAAAGCUGUUUGCAUCCUUGACAAAUAUAAGGAAGAGCUAAACACAUGGAUGGAGAAUGCAGGUGCCGUAUGUCCUGGUGUUCUUGUUUUAACUGCUGGGUUAUCAAAACCAUUCCGCCGCCUUGGAAAAUAUCCAGCUAUGUUACAAGAGUUAGCAAGGCAUGUACAUGAAGCUCAUCCAGAUAGAGGUGAUACUCAUAGAGCUUCCAUUGUUUACAAGGAUAUUGCUAGUGGUUGUGCAGCCUUAAGGCGUCAAAAGGAGUUAGAGCUACAAGUGGUCACUGGUGAAGUACGAGGAUGGCCUGGCGGUGAAUUGACUUCACUUGGCGAUGUAUUGCACAUGGGUAGUGUGGCAGUGGGCCCAUCGCAUCAAGACCGCUAUCUUGUACUCUUUCCUUCAGCUUUGCUCUUGCUAUCUGUUAGCAAGAGAGUGUCUGCAUUUGUUUAUGAGGGAUGUCUUCCUUUGACUGGUAUAACAGUAUGCAAAUUGGAUGAUACUGAUACUAGGAAGAAUGCAUUUGAAAUAAGUGGACCUAUGAUAGAUACAAUAGUGGCGGUAUGUCAGACCAGAGCUGAAGCAGACAACUGGGUUAGCCUAUUGCAGAAACAUUCUAACACAAGCAGUCCCUCGCAUGACACUGGUCAGCCACAAUCCUUACCUCAACUCACCCGAUCUCCUUCAGAAGGGGCGUUGUCUAGCAUCAAUACUAGUCGUCGCAGUCUAUACCAUGUGACAUUGCCGCCACCUAGCUAUCCCUCGGCAUCGCCGUACUAUUCCCUAACGAAAUACUUUGCGCGUUUAGUUAGAAAAAGGGUCAUAACCAGACAAAUGCUAAGGAAGUUGCUCCACGAGAGAACGUGGGCCAAAGCGUUCGAGCUGACCGGUUUGCCUGUUAGACGCAGGCACAAGAAUCACAUAAGACUGAGGAUAGAGAACGAUGGGACUAUUGGGACGGAGACGGAUUGUUCCGAUAGCGAUAGAAAUUCGGAAGACAGCGACCGUGAGACCGACACAACUGAGAGCUAUUCGAACUCCAGUUGUACCGAUGCCGAAAUAAAUGAUUCGUCGAAGAUGAUGCGACAAAACGCUCUGGAUUCGGCAAGCCCUAGGACCAUGUCGUCUUCUUGCAGCAGCUGCGGCAGUCACUUCGGUUACGUCCGUUAUUUCGACGCGUCGAAAGAUAUGCAUCUAGAUGUGACCCAGCCCCAUAUAAAGGGCGACUGUACGAGGAACAUUUUUUUACCUCUGUCCGAUUUUAGCCCUCAAGUUCCGCCGGGCUUUGAAAACUAUCAUCCGCAUCUGCAUCAUUCCCAUAGUAACGACAAUUCAAGCUUCGACAUCAGGUCGUACAUGGCCUGCGAAGACUUGGUCAACAUGGAUCAGGAUAAACAUAUCGGGGUUCAUGCGAAUGACGAGUCGGAUUUCCUUACGACAAGACGCAGUUUCCCGAACUGCAGCGCUAAGAAUGAAAACGUUCAAAAGUUAUGGAAGUCCACGGAGGAGCGGUACUCACGCGGGGAGGCAACAGACGGUAGUGUGUGCCAUUUGCUGCAAGACCUAGAUCCACCGUCGCCGAAAUAUGACCGCACCAGUCCUGUCGGCUCCAUUAUUCUGGACCCACCGCCGAUGUUCCGGAACAAUGACGAUGAUCUGAAAGUGAUCAACGUCAACCUAAACACGAAUGUUCCGUUUCGCAAGCACUCGUUGAACUCUGACAAGAAAAUCCGCAGGUCCGCGUCUAGGUCGAUGGUCGAAACGGAGAGCGUCAAGAAACACGACCCGCACAUGGAACGGAUGAGCUCCCAAUCGGAGACGCGCAAGACCGCCAAGAAGUGCGGCUGCUGCAACAGGUCGCUGUGCCCUAGUCCCAGGUCGUCCGACUCUGGUGUCGCGGGCAGUUGCAACCUCGCCUCCCCAGAACUGAACAUGCACGACUACACUGCCGCCGGCGGCGCCAGUAACGAUUCCGACUGCCAUGUCAAAGCUAGCGCGACGCGGGAUUUCCACGCGAACCACAGGAAGUUGACCCUGUCCGAAAUCGAGGCGGCCGCAUUCGAAGACCAGUGCAGGUGCACAUCUCCCUUCGGCUCCACCGCGAGGACCUCCUGCGUCACAAGUGUAACAUCUGAAACCAGCCUCGACGUAAUGGACUCAUCUAACACUUACGUUACCUCAACGUUCGCUGGAACCGCUCCUGUGCAGACGCCCGAAGUGAAACGCACCUCGAUUAGGAGGAACAUCGAGCGAUACCUGCCCGAAAUAAGGAUAAAGCCGGAGGUGCCUCCGAGGGUGUAUCGUAAACCCAGCACCCAUUUGGAGGUCCCUAAAAAUGUUCGCCAACCAGUCCCGUGUCAAUGGAGCACGCUGAAUAUAACGGAGCGUACUAAGCCCAGUCUCCACUAUCACAUGCGCAUAUACAGAGAAAAAACCGAUGACAACAAACAGCAAGCGCCCACUAGGAAGUCCCGCGAGAACAUGUUGCGUAAUUGCGAAGCUUUCAACAGAGAGAAUCGGUCGAGGGAUGAAGUUGCGCGCAAAACGCGGUCGCGGAGCGAGGACUUACUGAAGUCCCAGAAAGUUCUGUCGGAAGCCCAGACUGGCUUCGUCGUGUACCGUUCAGAUUUAUACGCCCAUUGGUGGAUGAAAGCCAAAUUACCCAUUACCGUGAUGGCCAUGAGCGACAGCAGUAACGACUUGUCAUCGGGCCUCAGCAGUCACAAAAGAUCACAUUCAUUCAACAAUCACCAAAGCUACACACAGCAUUCACAACAAACGCAAAAGAGCAAGCACAAAAAUCAAUCUGCGCGCUGGUUAUUGAACUCUUGCGACUCGUUGGACCAAUCGCCUGUUAAAACUAACAAAACGCCAAUUGGAAAGAAGUAUUCAUCGGUUGACUUUAUUGACACAACUGAUUCGAGUUUUUUGAACAAAGGGUGGAGCAUAACGUGUCUGCGGCCCGCGCCGCCGCUGCGGCCGCAAUCGUUCACGGUCGGCUCCGACGAGAACAUCGGCCCCACGCACCCGUACGCGCCGCACCAGAGGAAGUCCAACUCGUACGAGGAGGACGCGCUCAUCUUGAAGGUCAUCGAGGCCUACUGUACAUCGGCGCGGUGCAGGAACGCCGUCAGCUCCGUGGACUGCGGCCACUUUUCCCUCGGUAAAGUACAAUAUCACGCACCCGCCACUAACAGCCCCCACCGUAACUAUGCGAAGCAGCGGGCUGAAACGCCCGAGCGCACCGGUUGCACCAACACCAAGGUGAAGCGUAACAAAAGCUCGUCGGCGGCGGACGCGUAUCUGUACCGGGCGCCGGAGGCACGCCGGCUGCUGGCCGAUCGAAAGUUCCAGAUGAACCGCUCGAACCCCAACCUGUGGGAGUGCACAGAGCGCGAUCGUAGUCAGAGGUUGCACAACGGCCGAGAGCGGAGAAGCGGCUCGCACCCGAGCCUCGCUGCACCGCUGCGCUCGCACGCGCCCGCCCCCCCCCGCCCCCGCCCCCGCCCCCGCGCACGCUCCCCGCUCCGCCCGCUCCUCUACCUGGUGCUGCGGCACUUUCGUCAAACAACUCACCAAGUCCCAUCACUUCGAUUGACAUUAACUUUCCACAACGCCAUGGUAAUGUUAUGC